AUGACAUCAUCAAGUUAUUUACUUGAUCGUGAAAUUCUUGGUUCAACUCGAAAUAUAAUCGAUGCGCAUUCAAAUGCUCCAUUUUCACAGCAUAAUUCAUAUCGUGGUUCCUAUGGAACAACAAGUCCACUACCAUAUACAACGACAACUACUAGUUAUCAUCACCAUAGUUACGGAAACGGUUCAAAUGAUGUUUGUGAAACAAAAAAAGUUGUAAUCGAUUUUCAAGACCAAAUUCGUUUAUUAAAAAGUGAUCUAGAAAAAAAAGAUGCCUUAAUUCAAGAACUAACAUCAAUCAAAGAUCCUAAUAAACAUGAAAAUUUCGAAGCAUCAAAAUAUGAAGCUUUAGUUGGACAAGAACGAAGCGCAUUUGAAGGUGCGAAACGUGAACUUGAUCAAUAUCGAACAAAAGUCGAAGGAUUAACCUAUGAUUUACGUGAAACAACAUUAAAAUUAGCUGCAAAAGAUGAACGUAUAAAUGAAUUAAAACAUGAAAUUGAUUCAAUUAAAAGAGAAUAUGAUUUAAUUAAUCAGGCUAAUAAUCAAUUACAUAUACGCAUACGUGAACUUGAAACAAAUGUUAAUUCAUAUGAUUCCGUUUCGAAUAAAUCUUCAUUAACGAUAUUAACAUUACAAAAAGAUGGAAAAGAAAAACAAGAACAAAUACUUGAAUUACAAUCACGUGUUAGAACACAUAUGGAAGAACGUGAAGCAAGUGAAAGAAAAACUGAAGCAUUACAGAAAAAAUUACAAGAAUUAUUUUCACAAUUAAAAAUUACAGUUACGGGAGAUUUUGCACAACCAACUCCAGCAUCAUUUGAUAUUCUUAUAACUAAAAUUACUGAAAUUAGUGCUGAAAAUACAACAUUAAGAGGUACAAUAGUUAAAUUAGAAGAUACUGGUCGUUCAUUUGAUAAUGAAACGAAAGCAAAUCGUGCAACAAUUCAACAAAUGGCCAAUCAAUUACAUGUUUAUGAACAAAAUACUGUUAGUCAUCAUUUCGAACUUGAUAAAAUGAAAGCAGAACGUGACACUGCACUUAGUGAAAAAGAAGCCGUAAAAGUUGAACUUGAAACAAUCAAAGCACGUCUUGAUUCUGUACAAAAAGCAUGGCAAAAUACUCGUGGUGAAUUAGAUGCACGUGAAAAUAAAUAUACAUCUCAUGAAUCACAUGUAAAACAAUUAGAAAAUGAUUUACUUUAUGCACGAACAUGUUUUGAUACAUUUAAACAACAAGUUGGACAAUUACUAUCCGAUAAUUAUGUUAAAGUUGAACCAAAAGAAGAUGAAAUAAAAGAAAAAAUUCAUUUAUUAAUGCAAUCAAGCAAAGAUCGUGGAGUUAUAAUAACAAAUUUACAAAAUCAAAAAGAACAAAUAUCAAAACAAUUACAAGAACAAAUUGAUCUUAAUAAAGAUAUUGAAAAAAAACAUCGUCAUACUGAAUCUCAUGCACUUGAAUUAGAACAUCGUGUUAAAAGUCUUGAUAAUGAUUAUACAACAACUGAAGUUUAUCGUGAAAAUCUUAAGCAAGAUAAAGUCAAAUUUCUUCAUUUUCUUGAACGUCUUGGAUCAAUAAUGAAAAUUGAAAAUGUUUCAAAUGAACUUGGUUAUGAACUUAAUCCUGAUGUUCUUUUAACACGUGCUGAACAAUUAAUGAAAUUAGAACGAGAUUCAAUUGUUGAUCAAAAAACAUCGAUUUAUAAUUUACAAAGAAAAAUGAAACAAAUGAAAGAACAAAUGGAAAAUAAAGAUUUACAUUUAGAUUUAUUACGUAAAAAAGUUAUUGCAUUAGAAGAAGGACGUGCAGCUAAAACAGAUUUAGAACGUGAAAUUGAUGAUCAUGUUAUGUUAUCAAGAAAAAUGAAAGUUAAAGUUGAUCAUUUAACACAACAAGUUCAUGAUUUAAAACAUGAAAAUAUACAAUUAAAAGCUCAAAUAACAGAUAUUCAAACACUUAAAAAUCGAAUAAAUGAACAAGAAAAAGAAAUUCGACGUCUUUUAGAUGAUGUUAAUAAAUUACAAAAUGCACGUGAUAAACAAGCUGUUAAAAUUUCAACUUUACAAGAUAAAAUACAUUCAGUUGAUGAUGAAGCUAAUAGAACAUUACUUACAUCAGAUAAUGCUAUGAGAAAUUUAUCGAAUGAAGUAAGAUUUCUUAAAAGUUCAUUGGAACAAAUUACUGAACGAGAACAUCGAUUGCUCGAUUUUCGUUCAUUAAUAGCGCAUAUGCUUGGCUUAGAUUCAAAAUCAUUAUCAAUACCUGAUUAUGAAAUAACAGCUCGUUUAGAACGUCUUCUUGCUAUUAUUCAACCAUCAGUGGCUAUACCUAUGAUUCCAAUUACAUCAUCAACAACAACGACGUCUACUAAUCAUAUACAUCAUCAACAACAACAACAGCAACAAUCUCCAUAUCAUCAUCAUCACCAUCAUCAUCAAAAUAUACAAUCAGCACAUACAAGACAUCGUAGUCCAAGUCCAGGAUCUCAUCGAGCACGAUCACUUUCUCCAUUACAUGUUGGAAUUGAUCCAAGAACCUAUUAA